AUGGCAGGGAGAUCGAAAGCUCGAAAGAACCACCGUAAACCGGCGGGCCCGUCGUCGGAUUCUCAGGCCAAGAAGACAAAGUCGAUGGAUGAUCUACUUGGAGUGAAUAUUCUGGAGGUGGAAUCAGAAACCCAUAACUCGGCGGAAGAUGAGAUGAGUUCUGGUAGUGAGGAAGGUGAAAUUCUCUCCCCCAAAUUAUCAUUAGUUGCGAUGCAAAAUCGAUCGGAGAGUCAUAAAACGUUCUCCCCAUGGCUAUCUGUCAUGAAAUCGGGAUAUGCUCAGACCCCUCAGGUAACACCAAUUCCAGUUUUACAUUCUACUUGCGAUCAUGUUGCUGAUAAUGUCAUAUGCAUUGAACUGGAUGAUAUUCAAGAAGAAGUGGAUUACUGGAAUUCAGCUUUGAUUUGUGCUGUUUUGGGUGCUAAUCCCCCUUUAUCUGUGAUUGAGGGUUUCUUUAGGAGGGUAUGGAAGGAUUUUGGGGUGGACAAGGUUGUUUUGAUUGAGCAUGGUGUGUAUCUUGUUAGAUUCUUUAUUAUGGAAAAUAGGGAUAAGAUUCUUGACAUUAAUAGACCUACUUUUGAUAAGAAACCAGUCAUAUGCAAACCAUGGCAUAAGGAUAUUGUUGAUUUCAAGGAUGAGGUCAAAGUGGUUCCAAUCUGGUUGCAGCUGAAGAAUUUAGACCUCAAAUUCUGGGGUUCUAAAAGUUUGAGCAAAAUUGUCAGUGCAAUUGGAACACUGGUGCAAGCUGAUCAAGCUACCAUUCACAGGGAAAAGCUUCAAUUUGCCAGAGUGCAAGUGGAGGUUGCAUUAUCACAGGAUCUUCCUGAUACUGUGAGAUUUCAGGAUGAGAAUGGUGAUUUGAAGGUUGUGAAGGUGGUUUAUGAGUGGAAACCCACUGUAUGUGCACAUUGCAAGUUACUUGGACACUUAGAAGCUGAUUGCAGGAAGAAAAAAGCGAGGAAGAAAUGGGUGGCAAAAGCUAAGGUAACCACUGAGGUUAUGCUAGUGAGUACUUCCCCUGGUGUAGCUGAUGACACUGUAGAGGGGGGGUUUACUUUGGCCACUAACACAGCCUAUGUUAGGAGAGAAGUACAAUCUCCUGUUGUGACUACUAAUUCUUUUCAGGCCCUUGAUCAAGUGCAACAUGAUGGUUUAGUAAUUGCAGCAGGUGAUGACAAUGGUAACAAUGGGGUUCUGGGUAUAAACAGGGGCACAAAGCAGAGAGAUGUUAAAUCUUUUCUGAAUUCCAAUAAAUGCAGCCUUGUUUUUCUCCUGGAAACUAAGGUCAAAGUUCAUAAUCUUGGUGCUUUGUACCUAAAUUUGUUUGAUGGUUGGUCUUUUACCUCUAAUAAUAUGUGUCACCCUGGAGGGAGAAUAGUUUUGGCAUGGAAUCCUAGUGAGUUUCAGGCGAAUCCUUUUUUCUGCUCUAGUCAACUGAUACACGGUGAUAUUGGAUUAAAGAAUGGUAAUCAGUUUGCCUGUUCUUUUAUUUAUGCUCACAACUCUCAGUAUGAGAGGUGUGCUUUGUGGAAUGAUCUUUGCUCUUUGGCUGGAAAAAUUAAUGGACCUUGGAUCCUUAUGGGAGAUUUCAACUGUGUUUUAAACACAGAUGAGAGAAUUGGUAGUGCUGUCAGACUUAGUGAACUGAAAGAUUUUCAGAAUUGUGUGAACUCUUGUGGUCUUGAGGAUGCUAAAUUCACUGGUAACUUCUAUACCUGGAACAAUAAGCAACUUGGUAACAACAGGGUGUUUUCAAAGCUAGAUAGAGUGUUAGUAAAUCAACACUGGUGUAAUCAGUAUCCUCAUACUGAGGUCUGCUUCAAGAAUGAGGGAUACUUUGAUCAUUGCCCUGGUGUGGUUUCUUGUUACUCUCACAUUGCUGUUGGUAAGAAAUAUUUUAAGUUUUUCCAAAUGUGGCAAGAGGCACCAAACAAUAAAGAUCUUGUGUCUAAUGCUUGGAAUAUUUCCUGUCAUGGCACCAAGAUGUACCAGAUAGUACAGAAGCUAAAAUCAGUUAAGUCUGCUUUGAAGCUUAUGAAUAAGGAGAGAUAUGGUGAUAUUGAGGUCCUAGAUUGCAAAACUGCUCAUAACCUCCAACAACUGCAGAAUGCUCUUCAUUUGGAUCCCUCUAAUGAGGAGUUGGCCAAUCAAGAGAAGGUUGCAAACCAGGAGUAUAUGGCAGCUCACUCUGCUUACUUGAGUUUUCUAGGUCAAAAAGCAAAGGCAGCUUGGAUUAAAGAAGGUGAUGCUAACACAACUAUGUUUCACAGAUCUAUAAAACAAAGACAAAUUCAUAACUCAAUUUUUUCAAUCAAGGAUAUGCAUGGUAGAUGGACCACCAAUCCUAGCCAAGUUCCAGAGGUAUUCUUAGAAUAUUAUAAAUGGUUGCUGGGCACCUCUGGGGGAAAUAGAAUCAAUGUCAAGCAGUCUGUGGUAAAUAGAGGUCAUGUGGUUUCUGAUACAAUGCAAGCCAUGCUUAAUUCCCCUUACACAAAGGAGGAGGUCAAGAAGGCUAUGUGGGAGAUAGAUGGCACCAAAGCACCAGGACCUGAUGGGUUUGGUAGCUCUUUUUUCAAAGGUAGUUGGGGUGAUAUGGGGAUGAUGUAA